UUUGCACAUUCCUUUGAAAAUGUACACGAGUAAGGUUCAAAAGAAUCGUAAACACCAAAUCGCUACCAAACAAUUCAUUGUACAACGUUCUUAGCUUCUGGAGAGUUGUGCCAGUACCACGACAGACAGGAAUCCCGUGAUAUAAUUUGCCAUACAUCCCUGUUCUGUACAACACUACAAAGGCAAGGACAAGGAUGGCUUCUUCGUUGGUAUCAAAUGAAUUAACUAAUGACACAGAGCUACUUGGACCAAGUGGUGGGAAGUUUGUUUCAAGUGUGGACAGCAGGGUUGUUCUCGACAUUCCACCGAAGGCACUGGCUUCAUCUUACACAUUUGGGCUUCAGUUACAACACAUUGACCUGGACAGAUUCCGGGCAUAUCAAAAAGUGGAUGAAAAAAAAUUUGGUUUUGUGUUGGGGUUUUCUGAUGUGCUGCAUAUCAAGAACAUCACAGGCGUAAACAUAAGCACAAUACUACAUCCGGUGUUUCUUACGUUACCAUUGCUUGACAAAUUUGAAAAGGCGGAAGAGGCAGAAGAUGUGUAUGAAGUGGUGUUUGUAAGGUUGAAAAAUAAGGAUGUCAAAAGUUUUCAUCAACCGGAGGCUAUCGGAAACGAUAGUUUCAGGGUCAAGAUCGACGAUUUUUCAACAACAACUGACAACUUCAGUGCAUGGAAAGUCCGCAAAGGUGUGGCCAGUUCAAUGGUCAUAGAAGCAGCGAAGUAUCUUACUGGAAAAUUGUGUCUUUGCAACUUGGUUAGCCUUAUCAGGUUUGACGAUGAACAGCCUAGCCUACGGCUUGAUUGUGUUGAUGUUGCAAACACCGGAGAUAUUGUAGAGGAGUACGUGGAUUCCGGUUUCAAGGAAAUUACAAGCAGUCGCUCAGAUGCAGUCACCUUGAAAGACAAUGAAACUUUCAGAAUACAGAUAGUAAAUAAUAUGUGUCUUGAAGAAGAAGUUAAGAGAACAAUUUCCGAUCAAGGAAUACAGUUUGACGAGUCAAUGCCGAGCAGCGGUGUUUGCUUUCCAUUCAAAACCAUGUCACCUCCAACUGAAGAAUGUGUUUUGUUAGUUGUUGGCGAGACAUUUCAACACCCUGUCAACUUCCGCAUGGACGCACACAAAUCAAGCACUGAAACUGAAGAUGACAUAUUUGAGGAGGAAGAAAACGAGGAGGAAGAGCAUGAGGAGUUUGGACUUGAUGUGAAAAGAGUAUUAGUUGUGAAGGUUGAGCUUGAAAGAGACGGAGUUGAGAUAUCUCCCCAGCGUGUGUCUUCGUCGAGGAAGAUGCAACUUAGCCGGCGCCAGAAGCAAAUAUCUCCCAUGUUCCUUGCCGAGGAUGACACAGAUGACAUUUCUGUUGAUGUGACAAUGCCAGUGAAGCUACCGAGCAGACUCAGCGAGCACAAAGAUUAUUCAUUCUACAUUCUGCAGAGAGCUAAGGGGAUAUAUGAGAAACACUACAUGGAAUCUCCAGUCUAUGGUCCCGUCCACGUAACAGUGAAGAGAAGUGGGGUUCUAUGUGCCAUCAUCGAGGAGGAUGGCCCUGAGCAAAUUCCAGGCACGACGCAUAUACAGUACAUGAGUGUUGGACCUAAAGGUCGGAAGUUCGUUUCUAAAGUGGAUAAUCGCAUUACAGUAGACUUUCCAAAAGGAGCUCUUGACAAAAAAGUCGUUUUUCAAUUCAAGUCAACUGUGCUAGACAAACAGAGGUACCAGGAAUACGCCAAACAUGGAGUGUUUGGUUGCCUGUUGGGAUUAACAAAUGUCCUAUUCAUCAAACCUGAUGUAGAACUGAAACGUGAUGUGAAAAUGCGUAUCCCUCUGGACGUUUAUGACAUGGAUGAUGACUCAGAAGUGAAAUUUCUCCACUGGAAGAGAGUUGGAAACAGAGCCACGGUAAUGGAUGCUGAUCUCAUGAAAGAAGCAGAUAAUUCUUACAGCAUUGGUGUGUCCUCAUUCAGUGGAUAUGGUAGCGGUUUAGUUGAAAAAGGUGCGAAGAAAUCAUCUAUCCAAACUGAAGCUAACUUUGUGACUGGGCAAAUGAGUAUCUGCAGCAUCCUCACUUUCCACUUCUUUGACCGGGAACUCAAGAUGCACCAUCUAAUGUUCGACUGUGUGGAUGUAUACAAAAUAGACAGUGUUAAAAAAAUGCAUUUUCAGAAUGAUGACAUGGUGGAGAUUAAGAGGACUAGAUCCAAAGAUUUUGAAAUGAAAACAAAAACGAAGAUCAACGUUUCCAUUGAAGGAAAUUUGAAAUCUUUAGACAAAGAGAUAAAGGCAAACUAUCUGAAAUUCAACUCAAUAGCUCGGACGAAUAAGGUAAUGAUACCAGUCGUUUCCAAAGAUCCUGGAGCAAUAAGCAUUGUGAGGUACAGGUUGCCCAAAGACACACACCAUGCAUACUUCUCUCUGGAUAAGUUGAAAACAGCUCCUCUACAAAAGCAAAUUCCAAAGAAAGAGCUCAAGGUUUCAGGAAUCCCUGUUUUGACAGAGAAGAGCCUGUCAGCUUUGUCUGAAUCCCUGCCUUGGUCAACAUGGAUGAAAGUUGGUAUAGAACUGGGGUUGUCGAAUGACAGUGUACGCGACAUAUCCGAGAAGGCGGAACACACCAACUCUGACCCUCGAUUUCAGCUUCUCUGUAAGUGGAAAAACAGCAGUCAAAAGAGUCACGAUGAACUGUUAACCCAAUUGUUAUAUGCUCUGCAGGAAAUCAAACGCAAUGAUAUCGCUGAAGUGCUUCAAUUGGCCAUGGUAGAGCAUAGAGAGCUCAGGAGAAUCGACUUUGAGAAAUAAGGACAAUGACCCAAGAUGUCAUUGCCCAACACCACAAGAUAGUGGUUCCUCCACGAACACUAACAUUAAGAAUGUUGUGGCAGAAUAUAAUAUUGUAUUGGUACUAGCUGUAUAGCAUAUGCACUGUACAAUUAGGAAGGGACCUGUGAACUUCACUGGACAGAAUGUGUACAUAGCUAAAGCUGAAUGCUAUUAUAAUAUAUUUAGUGAUUGAAUACUGUUCCUGAACAUUGUCUGAAAAAAUACAAUUGAUAUCUCCCUCGUAUAAAUAACACCAGAACAACUUUCGGUCCGCAUUAAUGACAUUAUGAUUCAGAACAAUUAUCAUAAAUGAAAGUAUGCUUCAAAUGACAUUUCCUUUCAUUUUGUACAAAGUGCCAUGAACCAUUUUGUGAUGAAUGGCUCGUAGAUCAAGGAAAGAAGUUUUUCUCAUGUUAUUUGUGUGGGAUAGUGGUGUAAGAAGUUAAACAUCAAAUGUUUCGACAGAAUUGAUCUUUGUUCUUAUCUGAGAUUGCAAAGCUUCCAGCAGAUCCUUGGAGCUUUUGAGAAUACACAUGGUAUCAAUUCCACUUGUCUGAGAUACUUUUUGUGAAUAUAAAAAAACACUUUCCUGAGUUGUAAUAUCUCUGUUUGAACGGAUUUGUAUGUAGCCUUCUUGAUGUUAUCAGUGUUUUGUUUUUCAAACAUAUGUAUUUCAUUUAUUGUAUUCAGAUUUACGUGUUGUAUGUACUAGUAUUCAGAUGUAAGUUCAGAUGUUGUAAAUGCACAUGAUGUAAAUUUACUUUGUUCUUUUCUGAGAUUGCACAAUCUCAUUAAAAUCAGACCUUAGUUCCCGCUACCGCUAAACAAAGAUCUGAAGACAUCCCAUUUGGGGUCA